AUGUCCUGGAUGAUGUGCGCCCAAAUGACCCAGGGGAAGGCUAGCCUGUUCGCCCGUGUACAUAAAAUCACACGGAGCUCGCCCCAUCUCCAACUCUCUUCUUUCUAUCAUUCUUCCUCUACCUCGACGACUAAGCUAUUUCGCUCUUCGUCUGACACAAUGGCUCGAUUUUCUCCUCAACAAAGCCGUCCGGUCCAUGCGACCCCAUUCAUGAACCACUCGACUACCCCUUCAGAUGCCAACUAUGACACUGCCAACCCUUCCUACAUUCGCAAGUACCUGCGCACAUAUGGCCUCACACCUCCUCGCUCCGAGAGCUACGAAACUCAGAAGACUCGCUGCCUGGCCCAGUUGGGACUGAAGAACACUCCCAUCGAUAAGUUCCUUUACUUGCAAAAUCUGCGCAAGAACAAUGUCCACCUGUUCUACCGCAUGGUCACCGACCACCUCCGGGAACUUACUCCCCUCAUCUACACCCCUGUUGUUGGCGAGGCCUGCCAAAGGUGGUCCGAGAUCUACCAGGCACCGGAAGGUAUGUACCUGAGUUGGGAGGAUCGCGGUAAUCUCGCUGCUGUGAUCGCCAAUUGGCCCCAGCCGAAUGUGGAGAUCACAUGUAUCACCGAUGGUUCUCGUAUUCUCGGACUUGGUGAUCUGGGCAUCAACGGUAUGGGUAUCCCCAUUGGCAAGUUGGCUCUGUACACUGCCUGUGCGGGUAUUCGUCCCGAGGCCACCCUCCCCUUGACCCUCGAUCUUGGCACUGGUAACAAGACCCUCCGGGAAGACCCGCUGUACAUGGGUAGUCGCCGUGAUAAGAUCAGCGCCGAGGAGGAGCGGGAGUUUUUGGAUGAGUUGAUGGCGGCUCUCACCGAGCGCUGGCCUGGUAUUGUUAUCCAAUUCGAGGACUUCAAGAACCCCUUCCCCGCACUUGAGCGUUACCGGGAUACCUACACCUGCUUCAACGACGACAUCCAGGGUACUGGUGCUGUCAUUCUGGGCGGUGUCAUCAACGCUGUCAAGCGUUCCGGUCUGCCUUGCAAGGAUCACCGCGCCGUGUUCUUCGGUGCUGGCUCCGCCGGUGUCGGUGUCGCCAAGCAGAUUGUUGACUUCUUCGUCCGUGAGGGCAUGACUGAGGAUGAGGCCCGCGCUUGCUUCUACCUCGUCGACACCAAGGGUCUGGUCACUGCUGACCGUGGCGACAAGCUUGCCGACCACAAGGUCUACUUCGCUCGCGAGGACAACAAUGGCGCACAGUUCAAGACCCUGGAGGAGGUCGUUGACCACGUCAAGCCCACCAUUCUGAUGGGUCUCUCCACCAUGGGUGGUGUCUUCACCCCCGAACUGCUCCGCAAGAUGGCUGACUGGAACACUACCCCCAUCAUCUUCCCCCUGUCCAACCCCUCCUCCAAGUCCGAGUGUGACUUCGAGACCGCCGUUGUCAACACCGAUGGCCGCUGUCUCUUCGCCUCCGGUUCGCCCUUCCCCAACUCCACCUUCACCAAUGCCGCCGGUGAGACCCGCACCUACUACCCCGGCCAGGGUAACAACAUGUACGUCUUCCCCGGUAUCGGUCUCGGCAGCAUUCUGUCCAAGGCCGUCCGUGUCACCGACAGCAUGAUCUACGCCUCUGGCGAGGCCCUCUCCAAGGCCCUUACCGCCGAGGAGCUCGAGCGUGGUCUGCUCUACCCUGACAUCACCCGCAUCCGUGAAGUGAGCGUUGUCGUCACCCGCAACGUCAUCCGCGCUGCCCAGGCCGACGAUGUCGACCGUGAGACCGGUCUUCGCAAGAUGUCCGACUCCGACCUGGACCUGUGGAUCAAGUCCCGCAUGUAUGACCCCCACACCGAGGUCCGCUCCCUCGAGCGCGAGGUUGGCCACCUGCUCUCCAGCCUUGGCUCCCUCUCGCCUCUGCUGAACGGUUCUCCCACCGAGGAGAAGCCCGCUAAGCUGUAA